CUACCUCGCCAAGAAUUUCAAAUGCUUCGGAUCGAGCAUCUAUUCAUUUGGAUCCCAAAAUGCAGUCUCUUUCAUCAUCUUCAUCGUCUUCGUUGUCAAACUCGCCGGAGAGAGAGUUUAGUGUUGAUUUAAAGCAGCCUCUUUCGGUUCCGCCGCCACCGCCUUCACCGCAUUCCCCACCAACCAAACAGAGAGAAAGCGGUGCAGGAGAGACCAGACCAGAUCGGAUGGCGGACGGAACUGCGCACUCGCGGUAUGUGAAGCUGACAAAGGAUCAAGCGCCGGCCGAGGACAUUAAGCCCGACGAGCUCAAUCAGCUCAUCGAAGUUCCCCAGUUGAAUGUUCACAGGUGUCAUGAAUGCGGACAGCCUUUACCCGAGAGCUAUCAGCCCCCUGGAGAUGAGCCUUGGACAACCGGAAUUUUUGGCUGUGCUGAAGAUAGAGAAAGUUGCUUGAUAGGGUUAUUUUGUCCAUGUGUUCUGUUUGGGCGCAAUGUUGAGAGCCUAAGAGACGAUACCCCUUGGAACAGACCAUGCAUUUGUCAUGCCGUUUGUAUUGAAGGUGGUAUGGCUCUGGCAGCAUUAACUACAAUCUUCCAUGACAUUGACCCAAGGACUUCAUUUCUUAUUUGCGAGGGUCUGUUAUUUUCUUGGUGGAUGUGUGGGGUAUAUACAGGUCUUGUCCGGCAAUCCUUGCAGAAGAAGUAUCAUCUACAGAACUCGCCGUGUGACCCAUGCUUGACACACUGCUGCUUGCACUGGUGCGCCUUGUGCCAAGAGCACAGGGAGAUGAAGGGACGCCUCUUGGACAAUGUUGUGAUGCCAAUGACCGUCGUCAACCCACCCCAAGUUCAACAGAUGAAGUCUGCUGACGACAACCAGGACUCCGCUUCACCACCGACAAACACCAUCCAAGCUUACCUACCGCUCUUCCGCCCUACGACACGUCGCUCAAGCGACUCGAGCACCUCGAAAUCGCACCAUAGCUGUCUCCCUGCGACUCCAAGCUGCUCAUUUCCUUCUAUCCACCAGCACAACGGCAGCAGCAAUUUGAGAGCAGCCCGGACGAGAAGCCGCAGAUUCUGA